UGGUGGAAUGGGAAGACUGGCAGUGGGAGGAACAAGUAGAAGCUAUGGCUGCCUUGGCUGAGCUUCUGCUUGACCGUUGCAAACUGAGGUGUCUUCCUCCUGGCCUAGCCUUCCAUGCAAGGGCUUUGAAGACUCUAGGUGUAUAUGAGGUCCAGAAACUCAAGUCUAUUGAGAAUUUCGAUUGUGUUGAUGAACUGUCUGUUGGUGAAAACCCUGACCUGGAGAGGAUAUCUAAUUUCUCCAAAUUGCGGAAGCUUGAGAUUGUGCUCUGCUCGAAAAUGGAAGUAUUGGAGGGUGUUCCAGAACUCAGAAGCCUCACACUCGAGGAUUACAGUAUCAAAGCACUCCCUGGUUAUUUCCAACAAGUAAGCAUGAGGAAUUUGCUUCUGGAUUGCAGCUUUGAGCUUCUCAGUUCCAUAGCCAUGGGAGAUACCGGUCCUGAGUGGAACAAGAUAAGCCAUAUUCAGCAAGUGAAGGCCUAUGCAGAUGAUGGAGACGAUGAAAGAACAUGGUAUGUCUCCUACACACGAGAUCCCUACAGCUUUGAGACAAACAUCACCGAAUCUUCGAAGCCCACUGCUUUGCUGCAUCAGAAUCAGAGGAUGAGAAGUAGUAUGUUCUCACAAGAACGACAGCAGAUGUUGCAGUUAUCUAGGAGAAAGGCUACGAUGAUGUCCCCAUGCUUACAGAGAAAUAGGCGAUUGUUGGGUCAAUCUUCUCAUACCAGAUGCUCGGAACAAAGUUUUACAGAUUCCAUGAUCAUGGAGGGAUGAUUCAAGUAGCGGGAAAUAAUGGAGUUGGAGUCGGAUGGGGCCACCAUCUACUGCUUGUUGGAGGGUGACUAAUUCAGUUUUGCGAAGAAGGAAAAAAAAAACUCUGCAUUUCAGUUCAGUGACCUUUUCGCUAUUGCAGUUUGCAUUUUAGAAACAAAUUAAAAGGCAUGGGUGUAGAGCUGGCUGUCCUGUCCCACAGGAAUCAGAUUUAUACCCAUCUACUUCAGAGCUUACCCUAUAUGUUGCCUACUUCCUGUCUUUCUUGCAUCAAUGUUCUUCUGUUUAUGUUGGGGGGAAAUGGUUUGUGAUUAUAUACAGGUUUUCUUGCUGAAAGUGCAGCUGUUCCUUUUGUCUCAACAUUGGUGUCGAAAUGAACACUCACUAAUG